AAGGAAUUAAAUCGCGAGGCAUAAGAAAAGGGAGACUCUCUUCUAGAGAGAGAAAAGAGACCAAACGGGAUACUGAGUUGGUACGGCGAGUCACGACGCGAGUGGCCGAUUUUACAAAAAUCUUUUUUGGAAAAAAAAAAUUCAGAAAAAAAAUAGAACAGGGUGAGUGAGUCGCUUGUUGGGGCUGGUGUGGCAAUACCCAAAUAUGGAGAACAACAAGACGAAGAUAAUUGGCAAUACAGCCCUUUCUCUCACUUUACUUCCUGUUUCUCACAUUCCCAUUGUUACUUCUCCUUCUCUAACCCUAACUCUUCUGUCUCUAUUUAUAGCUUUUACCCGAGUCGUAAUAACCAGACACCACCGUAUCCGAUUAAUUUCUUUCUGUUCUCAUCCUCUCUUUGUUCUCUGGCACGGGUUCUCUCCUUUUUUGGAGUUCUUCUUUUCACGGAGUAUUGGGGAGUGAUCAUGUUAUGAAGCAUGGUGUGAUCCUCAUGGCUGGCCAGUGGUAGAACCACAAGCUGCUGGUUUUAACAAAUUUUACUCCAUGGAAGGGUUUGAUUGCACUAUUUUUGAUGGUGCUGCAAGGAAGAAGAGGAGUCGAAUUUCUCGUCGGCCUCGGCCUGAGUCACUGCCAUAUCUCGAAUUUCAUGAUCGUUCAUCCUUGUCAUCUACCCCAUCUUUGGAUGAUGUGAGCAAGGUUUCCAGUCAUGAGAAUUGUUUUGAUAUUAAUCCUACGAGGAAAGAGCCCAAUCUUAGUCAGUGUUUCUCUCCAUCUUGUGCUGUAGGAGGUGAAUAUGAAAAGUCCCAUGUGGAGAAUGAAGAGAAUGGACUAUUCACUGCUGUUGUCAGUUGUGAGGAAGGACAAAGUGAGAACAAACCAUCUGGUAAAGGUAUCCUUGCCUCUGCUAAUCGUAAAAACACAAGCAAGGUGAAGGCUGGCUUGGCCCCACUCACAGCAGGGGCCGAAAUAUACAUUGGAAGGAAAGUUGAAAGUCAGGAUUCAGGGAAAUAUGGUGGAAUUGCAGUAGGAUUAGAAAAUGAGAACAAGGUGAAAAAGGUUGUUAAGCUCAAGGUUGGUGGUGUCACAAGUACAUUUCAUGCCAACUCCUCAUCUAAAGUUGCAUAUGGCGACAUGCCUUCUGCGAAGAAUUAUCAAUCCUCAGAGGCCUCUGGAUUAGGGCCAGAGAAUCCUCAGGGGGAUUUAUGGCAUGACCAUUAUGCGCUACAUAGGAGAAGCGGCUUGCAAGGAAUUCGUCGGAAGGAUUCCUCGCAUGGUGGUUUUAAUUUCAGAAAGGAGGAGUCUUCAAUGGUGAAUAUGUCUGGAAAGAAAACCUCUAGAAAGGUAGGAGAUAAGUUGGAACCAGUUCGUAAAAGCAGGCGGGUUCCUAAGAGGCGCGUGUUUGAUGGAGAAUUUGGCGAGGAAGAUGAUGAUGAUGAGAUCCGUUACCUGGAGAAACUCAAAUUGAAUGUUGAUGCUUCAUAUAAAGAAGAGGAAGGGCCAGGCAAGAGACAGCGGGAACUCGGUAAGGUUGGUAACAUAGAAAGUGGUUCUUCCAAGUCAGUUAAAGAUAGGAUGAAGAAAUUGGGGCCAGAGAGAGCAUCUGAUGGCGUGGAUUACCAGGAAGAUGAAGAACUAGUCUCUGAUGGUGAGCUUGAAAGUGAUGAGAAGCAGAAGGAGGACUCUGUUGAUACAUCGAUGGAUGGGAAGAGGGAAAUUGCUCUCACAACACGUCAACGGGCUCUUCAAUCGAACAAAGAUGGCUCUUCUACACGUGGAUCAAGCUUAAUUGAGUUUCCGGAUGGAUUACCACCUGCUCCAUCAAGAAAGCAAAAGGAGAAACUUUCAGUAGGGGAAGAGCAACUGAAGAAAACGGAGGCGGCUCAGAGACGUAGAAUGCAGGUUGAGAAGGCUGCUAAGGAAUCUCAGGCUGAAGCUAUUAGAAAAAUACUAGGGCAAGAUUCUGGUCGGAAGAAGCGGGAAGAUAAAAUUAAACAACGGCAAGAAGAAUUGGCACAGGAGAAGGCUGCCAAUGCACUUAAGGUGGGACCAAACACCAUCAGGUGUGUCGAUGGUCCAUCCGGGACUGUGGUGACAUUUUCUAAUGAUAUGGUCCUCCCCAAUAUAUUCGACUCCAAACCCUGGAGCUAUCCUCCUCCGCGUGAACUUUGUGCAGGCCCAUCAUGUGCUAACCCAUACAAAUACCGGCAUUCGAAGCUCAAUGUUCCUCUUUGCAGUCUCAAGUGCUACAAGGCUGUUGAGGAACAAAUGUUGACCAAAACUAUCAAUUGAGGGUUUCCAAAAUUUUGCUUUGCGUCAGUUCGUGCAGGCAUUCCUGCACGUCCUUGUGAAUAACACACCUUCUUAUCAGAGGUUAGAACUUAUUCUGAACUUAUUGUAGAAAAGAAUGCUCCAAUAUUAUUAUAUGGCAACCUUUAUGAAAGGUUUCGAACUAAAGGUGAAGCGAGGCUCAUUACAUUACUUUGUGCCAAGCUAUGCAUGUUGUUAAUCUUUCAUUAAACAUAGCUUUUUUUGUGGAUUCUAA